AUGGCCAAUAAAGCCAAGCCCAGCGAGGCCCUGAAGGUGGUGGCCCGGUGCCGCCCCAUGAGUAGGAAAGAAGAGGCUGCUGGCUAUGAGCAGAUUUUGGAGAUGGACGUGAAACUGGGCCAGGUGACUCUUAAGAACCCUCGGGCUUCCCCGGGGGAGCUGCCCAAGACUUUUACCUUUGACGCUGUAUAUGAUGCCAGCUCUAAGCAGGCUGACCUAUACGACGAGACCGUGCGCCCACUCAUAGACUCGGUGUUGCAGGGCUUCAAUGGCACUGUUCUCGCCUAUGGCCAGACUGGCACCGGUAAGACCUACACCAUGCAGGGCACCUGGGCUGAGCCAGAGCAACGAGGAGUCAUCCCCAGCGCCUUUGAGCACAUCUUCACUCAUAUCUCCCGUUCCCAGAACCAGCAGUACCUGGUGAGGGCCUCUUACCUGGAGAUCUACCAGGAGGAGAUCAGGGACCUGCUCUCCAAGGAGCCAGGCAAGAGGUUGGAGCUGAAAGAGAACCCAGACACCGGAGUCUACAUCAAGGAUCUCUCUUCCUUUGUCACCAAGAAUGUCAAAGAAAUAGAGCAUGUGAUGAAUCUGGGCAACCAGGCCAGGGCUGUGGGCAGCACCCACAUGAACGAGGUCAGCUCCCGUUCCCAUGCCAUAUUUGUCAUCACAGUGGAGUGCAGCGAGAGGGGUUCUGAUGGCCAGGAACACAUCCGGGUGGGCAAGCUUAAUUUGGUGGACCUGGCGGGUAGUGAGCGGCAGGGCAAAGCAGGCACCAACACAUCCGGAGGGGCACCUACCCAGCCUUCAGGGGGAGGGGGUGGCACCGGGGAAAGGCCCAAAGAAGCAUCAAAAAUCAAUCUGUCCCUUUCUGCACUGGGGAAUGUGAUCUCAGCCUUGGUGGACGGCAGGAGUACCCACAUACCCUACCGGGACUCCAAGCUGACCCGGCUGCUUCAGGACUCUCUUGGGGGCAAUGCCAAGACCAUCAUGGUGGCCACCCUGGGCCCGGCCUCACACAGCUACGAUGAGAGCCUCUCCACCCUGCGCUUCGCCAACCGGGCCAAGAACAUUAAAAACAAGCCUCGGGUGAACGAAGAUCCCAAGGACACGCUCCUCCGGGAGUUCCAGGAGGAGAUUGCCCGCCUGAAGGCUCAGCUAGAGAAGCGGGGGCUGCUGGGUAAGCGCCGGAGAAGCAGCCGCAGAAAGAAGUCAGUGGCCAUUGAAGGGUACCCAGAGGGUUCCGUGACUGAGGCCUGGGUUGCUGAAGAGGAAGAUGACAACAACAAUAACCACCGGCCACCCCAGCCUACUCCAGAGGUCCCUCUGGAGAAGAAUAUGGAGAAUUAUCUGCAGGAGCAGAAGGAAAGACUGGAGGAGGAAAAGGCAGCUAUACAAGAUGACCACAGCCUGGUCAAUGAGGAGAAGCAGAAAUUGUUAGAGGAGAAGGAAAAGAUGAUUGAAGACCUGAGGCGGGAGCAGCAAGCCACAGAGCUCCUGGCCAUCAGAUACAAGGCAAUGGAGAGCAAGCUGCUAAUUGGAGGUCGAAAUAUUAUGGAUCAUACCAAUGAGCAACAGAAAAUGUUGGAGCUGAAAAGGCAAGAGAUUGCCGAGCAGAAACGCAGAGAGCGGGAAAUGCAACAGGAGAUGUUGCUGAGGGAUGAAGAGACCAUGGAGCUCCGGGGCACCUACACCUCUCUGCAACAGGAGGUUGAAGUCAAAACCAAAAAACUUAAGAAGCUCUACGCUAAGCUGCAGGCAGUGAAGGCAGAAAUCCAGGACCAGCAUGAUGAGUACAUUCGUGUUCGGCAAGACCUGGAGGAAGCACAGAAUGAACAGACCCGGGAACUCAAGCUCAAAUAUCUGAUCAUUGAAAACUUCAUCCCUCCUGAGGAAAAGAAUAAGAUUAUGAAUCGUCUUUACCUGGAUUGUGAGGAAGAGCAAUGGAAGUUCCAGCCCCUGGUGCCAGCUGGAGUCAAUAACAGCCAAAUGAAGAAACGGCCAACCUCAGCAGUGGGCUACAAGAGACCCAUCAGCCAAUAUGCCCGGGUUGCCAUGGCGAUGGGGUCCCACCCCAGAUACAGGGCAGAGAACAUCCUAUUCCUGGAACUGGAUGUGUCCCCUCCAGCUGUCUUUGAGGUUGAAUUCUCUCAUGACCAAGAACAAGAUCCCCGGGCACUGCACAUGGAGAGGCUUAUGCGUCUGGACAGCUUCCUUGAAAGACCUGCCACCUCUAAAGUCCGAAAGUCCAGGUCCUGGUGCCAGAGUCCUCAGCUGCUGCCCUCUUCCACAUCGCAUGUCCCACUGGCCUCCACUUCUCUGCGCCCCUCUACAAUGCUGGCCCAUGAGUGA